AAGAUAACACAAGUAGGGAAAUGUGGCGGGCGUAAAGAACACACAACAGCUUGCAAUAUAUAUCCCUUUCAGUGUCGAUCGGAAGACCGUUGGGUUACGAAGCUCAAAUUCCUUUCUCUUGCUUCGAGCAAUGUAGGCUGAUGAAACGAACAGACGGCAAAAACUUUGUAUAACUGUACACAUUAUUCUACAUGGACAAAGACAAGUUCGCUGUGAGCCAUGACCCAUGCUCCUGGUUGGAGAUGCACCAGUUCAUUGGAGACCUGAUGGUGUCUGGGGGGGCUCUGGGGCUAAAGGACGCCCCACCAGCAGGCCCAGGCUCAGCCCCAGGCUCAGCCCAGCCCAGACAGGUCCAGGCCCAGGCAGAGAGCAUUAGAGAGGCCAGAGAAAUCAGUGGACAAGCUCAGCACCAUACCUGCACUUGCCCUGGCUGCCCAUACUCUUCCUCAUUUUCCUCCUUCCAGACCAUAAAGCCCAGAGGCACUGUGUCCUCACAGCCCGAGCCCAGCAGCACCUACAGCCCAGAGCUCAGUCAGCCCCAGAGUCAGGACAAGGAGACCAGCACCCAUAGCCCCAGCGCAGCCUCUACCACUUCCACUAACCAGGGUACUUCUUCACCAAGCCCCCUGCCUCAAAUUCCCACCUUCCCUUGUUUCUGCUGCCGCCUGGGCUUCCAGACCUGCACCCAACUACUGCACCACCAACAGGGGGCAGCAGACUUUCCCUUCUCCCAGACGCACACCCACUACCACCACCACUGCCCACUUACCACCUGCCUGCCCCACCACCACUCCCACCAUGGCCUGUCCUGCCAGCAUUCCUUCCCCUCCUGCUCCCAGCUCCUCCGCCACCAGCAGGGCCACAAACCCCCCCAGAACCAUGUUGGAGGGGUGACCACAGUGUCCCCCACCCUACACCCAUGCAUGCACUGUCCAGCCUCCUUCCCCCGACCCUCUCAGCUGCUACAGCACCAGCGCACCCAGCACGCUCACAAGGCUGGCGGCUUCCUGUGCACUGAGUGCGGGCGCGCCUUCAACUCCCACUCCAACCUCCGCAUCCACCUCAACGUACACACCGGCGCCCGACCCUACUCAUGCCCUGACUGCGGCAAGAGUUUCAGCCAGUCGGGAGCGUUGAAGAUCCACCGUCGCAUCCACACUGGGGAGAGACCCUAUACCUGCACCUACUGUGGGAGGGGCUUCCCCCACCUGGCCGGGGUCCGGGCCCACCAAAGGACCCACACAGGUGAGAAGCCCUACCGCUGCACCCAGUGUGGGAAGUGCUUCACCCAGUCGGGGGCACUGAAGAUCCACACAAGGAUCCACACCGGGGAACGGCCGUUUGUGUGCAGCCUCUGUGGGAAGGGCUUCUCCAACCGCUCCGGCAUCCGCUUCCACCAGCGCACUGUCCAUGGGAUGGUGUCGGAUAUGGAAGGGGGUGGAGAAGCCGGUGGGUCCCAUAGGGGGAGACAGAGUCUAGGCAGCUCAGCUGCUGUGGGACGCCCCAGUGCCAAUCCAAACAGGAUACGCAACAGCCCCCAUACUGACGUGUGCUCUAGCAUUACUCCUGCCCCGACCAAAAUCCUUUCGCCUGGGUCUCUCCUUGCUCCUCCAGGGUCAGGUCUGACUGUAACCUCCGACAAAGAGCUCCAGUGCCAGUCUAGCGGUGUGAAGAUCCCCUCCGGAAGAGCAGAACCAGACAGUAGCAGGGAAGGAAGGGCUCAGCUGUACACCUGUGAGGACUGUGGGCUGCGUUUUGGGGACGCUCCCUCCAGAAACAGACACCAAACUCUGGAGCACUACUCCAUAGAAGGGGUAGAGGAGGAUGACCUGGGGGACACUGAGGGGGAGGGGUGAGAGAGAGGGAGGGGUGAGAGGGAGAGAUGGAAGCUUGAUGCAGUAGAUUGUUGGAUCAAAGGCUAAGGGAGAGGUGGGAAAACUGGAAUGGGAACAUGGAGAGGUGAGAAGAGGCCGAAAGCUUGAGACUCAUCGAGGAGGAAAAUGUGUAAAGGCAUGUUGGUGAAGGGAGGGUGAGAAGACAAAGUGAAAAAUGAAGUGUCUAUCAAUGGGAUCUAUGACAUAUUUCAGAUUGAAUUCCACUUUAAAAGAUUCCAGGCCUAAGGAAGUCUUAGGCCUGGAAUAGCGUGCACUACGCCGGGCGCAGUGCACGCUAACCAAGGUUGCCAGGUGCACAGUGUUUCCUCCGACACAUUGGUGCGUCUGGCUUCCUGGUUGGAUGCGCGCUGUGUUAAGAAGCAGUACGGCUGGUUGGGUUGUGUAUCGGAGGACGCAUGACUUUCAACCUUCGUCUCUCCCGAGCCCGUAAGGGAGUAGCGAUGAGACAAGAUAGUAGCUACUAACAAUUGGAUACCACGAAAUUGGGGAGAAAAAGGGGUAAAAAAAAAAGUCAAGUACCAUGAUUAGUCUAAUAAAGAUGAUAUUUGAGAGCUUUGGAUGAUUUUUAAAAUGUAUUUUACUGGUUUAGCAAAAUCCACAGAUAACAUCAUCUCAAAUAUAUGACACUGUAAGACAUUGUCCCAUAGGGCAGCGCACAAUUGGCCCAGCGUCGUCCUGGUAAGGUGUUAGGGAGGGUUUGGGCGGGGUAGGCCGUAAAUAAGAAUUUGUUCUUAAUUGACUUGCCUAGUUAAAUAAAGGUUAAAUAAUACAUCAAAAGUAAGUGAGGAUAUGUUGUAUUUAGCAUCAUUAUGUAAUAUAUAUUUUGUAAUAAUAGAAACUGAUAUUGUAUGUCUAUAGGCCCUUAUAUACUUGUGUAUAUCAGUUUAUCUAUUUAGCUCAUUGUGCCUUGAUCUCAGAUUAGAUCAUUCUAGUACAUAAAAAAUACAUAUAUUUGCAUAAACCACACUGUACUAAACUUCAUGACAACUGAUAUGUUAGUGGUUUAGUGAUUUUAUUGAGGAUCAAUAUCUUCACUGUUGGAAGAUAUUUCUUAUACAAAGUAUAUUUUUUAUCAGGAUCAUUUCUCAGAGACACAUGGUUUGUUGACCUGUUUUCUAUUGCUUCAGAUCUCCACCUAGUGGACAUUUAGAAGCACAGCAGCAGAAACACAGACACUGAAACUAGUCUGUCCAUGGAGGUCCGAGUGUCUUCGGGUUUUAGCUACUCCCUUGUCCUUUGAUUUAUGAAUUGCGGUCACUUAUUAGUAAGGAACUCCCCACAUGUGGUUGUCUUAGGCUUAAUUGAAAGGAAAAUACAAAAACCUGUAGACACCUAGGCCCUCUAUGGAAUGAGUUUGACACCCUUCUCUAGAUCAGUGGUUCCCAACCAGUGGUACUAGGACCACUGGGAGUACUUGGCCUAUCCACAGGGGGUACUUGAGAAAAUAGUGGUAAAAUGCACAUGAGGGGGUAUUUCAGCAGUGGAGGCUGCUGAGGGGAGGAUGGCUCAUGAUAAUGGAAUGGAAUGGAAUCAAACGCAUGAAAAGCAUUUGUUUGAUGUAUUUGAUACCAUUCCGCUCCAGCCAUUAUCAUGAGCGUAUCCUACCAAAUGAAGGUGCCACCAACCCCCUGUGCUUCAGGAGUAGUCCAGACCGAGCACAAUUCAGGUGGGGGUCCAGUUACUGAAAAAGGUUGAACUAUUGAUCUAGAUAUCUGUGUUGCCUCCCACUAUUUUCAAAUGUUACUGUUGCCUGUGGUCUUUAUUUUCCAGACACUGAAACUAUUGAAACUUCUGUAUGGCCAACUUCCCUUCUUUGGUAUUCUGUAGCCUCUAGGGAAGUUCAAAAGACUGAUUGAGGACCUUUUUACCGAAGAUUGUGUUUGUUUUCUAUGAUUGUGUGUUGAUGUGAAUAUUUGUCUAUAUUGAUGUAUAUAGUGUGUAUGUAUACAGACAGGGCUCAUCUGUAAAAGAGAUGUCUCCCUGUCAAAAUACAUUUUAUAUAUCCAUCUGUUUUUCCACGUAGACCAGUUUUCAGUAAAUGAUUGCCCUCAGUCAUUCAGGGUUGUUUAAAAAUAUCAUCUAUAGGGCCUUUUGUAAUGAUAAUUUCAUUCCAGCCUCUUUGACCCAAGAUGUGCUUCGGAGUGUCUCAGAUGUUUACUAACUGGUAUAAACUGAUACUAAAACCACGGUCAGCUGGGAUUCCCAACAACAGGCAAGGCUUGUACAAUUAUCUGGGAGAUCUUAUAUCAGACAUAUAGCAUGACAAGCCACUAGUGAUGACACUACAGAAAUAGCAGAAUUGGUUUACUAGAAACAGAAAAAUGAAAAACGUAUGAGAAGGGCGUUCUUGGGAAUAUGACAAAUCAAAAUGUGUCCAUGAAAAGGCUCUGUUUCAAGUUUGUUCACGGUUCCUCGAAACUCAACAGCAUUUCACAGUACCUUUUGGAAAGAGAUGAUUUUGUUAUAGGUUUUGCAAGUGUUUAUUUGGUUGCGCUGAAACGAUCUCAAGUGCUGCGUAAAAUCAGGCGACGCAGAACAGUCAUUCAUGGGUAAAGAGCGUCCUUCCACUUGUGUGUCAUGAUAUGUAAUUAAGUGUAAACGGAACCAUUUUCGGACCCACCUGAAGUUGGGACAGGUUUGGUUAAUGAUAGGUAAUUGACCUAUAGAUGGCAGUACGUCUCUGCAAUCAUGAUCCUGGUGAGCUACCAUCCUGAGCGAAAAACUACGGAAGGGUAGCUCUCCAGGAACCGGGUUGGAGAACCAUGCAUGACACGGUCAGUGCUAUCUGGGAUCUUUGGGACAUCCCUACCCCAUUAAAGUAGGAUUUUAAAAUGUUAGGUAAGUCCUAUGGUUGUGGUUAGGGUAGGGACUUUCCAAUGAUCCGUAUAGCACUGACCUGCGUGAAACUACAUCAACAUCCUGAGCACACGGAGACAAGUGACGCACUAACAAGUGAUUGGUAAUUGGAGCGUAUUUACUUAACUGUUCUCCACUGUUGUAGAUAUUAUUUAAAACCUAACAGAAAAAAGAACACUUUAAUAAAAACAGUCGGCACGUGGAAA